GAUCUGUCUGCACUAUAGUUUUUGUUUCCUUAUAUCUCUUUGCUGUAUGCUUUGUAAGUUUUGAUUGCAACUUUGUUUAUUAGUUCUGAAAACUUGAUGCAAGUUCUUGAUGAGGAUGCAGGUAUAUUGAAUUUUAUGAUGCGAUGUCAGUGCCAAUGGCUAUUGCUCUCUCUGGCCAACUUCUUCUUGGACAACCUGUAAUGGUGAAACCUUCUGAAGCUGAAAAGAACCUUGUUCAAUCUAAUGCUUCUGGUGGAGCAGCCGGUGUAACUGGCCCCUAUGGAGCUGUGGACCGAAAAUUGUAUGUGGGGAAUCUUCACUUCAACAUGACUGAGAGUCAGCUGCGGGAGGUAUUUUACUUUUGUUGCUGUCCUAUUGGCUGCUGUGGUGAGGAUGCAGAGUUUUGGCAUGUUUCUUGGUCUUUGCCACAUUUAUUAGGAAUAUGAAUGCACAUGAUUAUA